GCCGCCGGAAAAGACAUCCAAAUAGACGUAAACAAACACGCUUACCGAGUUAAAAGACCCGAAAAACUCAAUUUUUACAGUAUUUGAGACGAAUUUGUGCGAAAAUCCGGCAAGAUGAAGAUGAAAUUAGUGGAUCAGGUUGUUCGCAGCUUCAAAGUUGCGAAAGUUUUUCGCGAAAAUACCGACAAAAUUAACGCUAUUGAUUUCUCGCCAGGCGGAGAACUCUUAAUUUCAUGCAGUGAGGACGAUCAAAUUGUGUUAUAUGACUGCGAGAAGGGCACCCAAGUGCGAACAGUCAACAGCAAAAAGUACGGCGUCGAUCUCAUUCAUUUUGCGCAUGCAACAAAUACCGCAAUCCACAGUUCAACAAAAGUCGACGACACAAUUCGAUAUUUAAGCUUACACGACAACAAAUAUUUGCGAUAUUUUCCGGGUCACACGAAAAAAGUCACUUCGCUAUGCAUCUCACCGACCGAAGAUACCUUCAUUUCCGGCUCCAUGGACAAAACUUUGCGAUUAUGGGACUUGCGUUCGCCCAAUUGUCAAGGGAUUCUUCAUUCCUCGGGUCGUCCCGUUGCCGCUUACGAUCCGGAAGGCUUGAUUUUUGCCACGGGCGUCAAUUCCGAAAGUAUCAAACUCUACGAUUUGCGAAGUUUCGAUAAAGGUCCCUUUGUGACGUUCAAAUUGAAUCAGGAACGCGAAUGUGAUUGGACUGGAUUGAAAUUUUCGCGUGAUGGAAAAACAAUUUUAAUUUCGACAAAUGGCUCGAUUAUCAGGUUAAUUGAUGCUUUUCAUGGAACGCCCUUGCAAACGUUUACGGGACACUUGAAUAACAAGGGAAUUCCGAUUGAGGCGUCGUUUAGUCCGGAUUCGCAAUUUAUUUUCUCGGGAAGUACGGAUGGUCGAGUGCACGUUUGGAAUGCAGAUACGGGUUUCAAAAUUUGUUCGUUGAAUGGAGAUCAUCCGGGACCGAUUCAGUGUGUGCAGUUUAAUCCGAAAUAUAUGAUGUUGGCGUCGGCUUGCACAAAUAUGGCUUUUUGGUUGCCGUCGAUUGAAGAUGUCGUUUAAAAUAAGGAAAUUUCGAAGGAAAAUGGAUUACGGAGGAAUUUGAAAAGGACAAAUGCUUGAAUGUAAAAUAAUUUAAUUUUAUAAGAAUAGAAAUAAGAAACAAUUUUUUGUUAAAUUCGAAAUAUAAAUUAAAGAAAAAUCAUUUUUUUGUG